AUGACCACGACCGCUGCGCAAAAUCCACUGUUCCAGGCGCCUUCUAUGGCAAGGAAACCGCCGGCGCCCUUAUGUCCAACCGAUCAGGAAGCCCUCGUGCCAGAGAAGCAUGAAUCUCCAGGUCAGAAGCCUACAAAGACAGAUAAGCGGAGUGCGGAGUAUCUCCUGAAAAGCGGAUUGGCGGGGGGACUGGCGGGAUGCGCAGCGAAAACGGUUGUAGGCCCUCUCGAUCGUGUGAAAAUCCUCUUUCAGACCUCCAAUCCCAAUUUCGCAAAAUAUGCUGGAAAAUGGACGGGCCUCCCCAUUGCCAUGCGCGAUAUCUACCAAACAAGUGGCAUUCGAGGUCUUUUCCAGGGCCACUCUGCCACCCUUCUCCGCAUAUUUCCCUACGCAGGCAUCAAAUUUCUCGCAUACGAACAGAUCCGCGCCGUCGUCAUUCCUACAAGAUCACACGAGACGCCAGCUAGAAGAUUCGUAAGCGGAAGUCUGGCAGGCAUGUUCUCGGUUUUCUUCACCUAUCCACUGGAAGUCAUCCGGGUGCGAUUAGCAUUUGAAACCAGAAAAGGGGAACGAAACACGCUCCGCAGUAUCUGCCGAAAAAUCUACAACGAACACCCACCACCCGUAGCCCAUCAUCACCACAACCCCGUCAGUGCGGUCGUAGAAAAAGUUUCCCCGCAACAUGGGCUUCCAAACUUCUUCCGGGGAUUCACUCCAACGCUACUAGGCAUGGUUCCUUACGCGGGCGCGAGUUUCCUGGCCCAUGAUACAGUCUCGGACCUCAUGCGCCACCCCCUUUUAGCACCAUAUACCACUCUCCCCCACACGAAGCGCGAAGAGACCGCCACCUCGACGCAUAAACCCGCACAACUGCGCUACUGGGCCGAACUGUCCACCGGCGGCUUCGCAGGCUUCGUAUCCCAGACAGUAUCUUACCCACUGGAAGUCGUCCGCAGACGCAUGCAAGUAAGCGGUGUCGUAGGUGAUGGCCAUCGUCUCAGCUUACGCGAAGUGACGCGUCGGAUCUAUCUUGAAAGAGGCUGGAGAGGCUUCUUCGUCGGCCUGACGAUUGGUUAUAUGAAAGUGAUACCCAUGGUGGCAGUUAGCUUCUACACCUACGAGAGGGGCAAAUACUACCUCGGCAUAUAA